CACUCCACUCCACUCCACUCCACUCAACCCAUUCCAUUUCCCCCCAAAAGCUUAAACCCUAUCUUACUCUUAUUCACACCCCAAAAAACCAAAGAAGGAGAAAGAUAAAACCAGUCCCACCGGCAAAUGCCACCGCCACCUCUAUGAAACCAUCCUUUCCUCCUUCUUUUUCUUCCUAUCCUUCCACAAUGGCUUUCUCUUCAGGACUCCGCUUCUCCACAAUCCUCCUCCGCCACCGCCCUUACUCUCUCUUAACCGCCCCGACCCGCUUCUCCUCAUCCUCAAGGCUCCGCCACAGCCUCUCGGACCUCCGUUUUCUCUCCACCGCCUCCUCCUCCUCCUCCUCCUCUAAGUCGGUGGUGAAAGCAGCCAGACGCAGCGGCGACGACGACGACGGCGGCGGGAACGGCAGCGUCUUGGUGAAGGGCAGAGUCGGAAAUGACGACGGUGGCGAUGGAGAUGGCGGAGGGAGAAUCGUGCCUUUUGAGCUACACAAGGAGGCCACCGAGGCGUACAUGUCCUACGCCAUGUCGGUCCUCCUCGGCCGGGCUCUGCCCGAUGUUCGCGACGGUCUUAAACCCGUCCAUCGCCGAAUCCUAUUUGCAAUGCAUGAAUUGGGCCUUUCAUCUCGGAAACCAUUCAAGAAAUGUGCUAGAGUUGUUGGAGAGGUUCUAGGAAAAUUUCACCCGCAUGGAGACUCUGCUGUCUACGAUUCCUUAGUGCGAAUGGCACAGGAUUUCUCCUUACGAUGUCCACUUAUAAAUGGGCAUGGGAAUUUUGGUUCAAUAGAUGCAGAUCCAGCUGCUGCCAUGCGUUACACAGAGUGUAGAUUGGAAGCACUCACAGAAGCAAUGUUAUUGGCAGAUCUAGAACAAGACACUGUUGACUUUGUUCCAAACUUUGAUAAUUCACAAAAAGAACCAUCCCUUCUUCCUGCUCGGCUUCCAACUUUAUUGUUGAAUGGUGCUUCUGGGAUUGCGGUUGGCAUGGCAACCAACAUCCCUCCUCAUAAUCUUGGGGAGUUGGUAGAUGUGCUCUGUGCACUGAUUCAUAAUCCUGAAGCCACAUUGCAAGAAUUGUUGGAAUACAUGCCUGGACCUGACUUUCCAACUGGUGGACUCAUUAUGGGAAACAUUGGCAUCUUAGAGGCAUAUCGUAGUGGGCGUGGACGUGUAACAGUUAGAGGGAAAACUGAUGUUGAAUUGCUUGAUUCAAAAACAAAACGUACUGCCAUUAUCAUAAAAGAGGUCCCUUAUCAGACAAACAAAUCUGCCCUUGUGGAGAAGAUAGCUGAACUUGUGGAAAACAAGAGUUUAGACGGAAUAAGUGAUAUUCGGGAUGAGAGUGAUCGAUCCGGAAUGCGUAUAGUCAUUGAGCUAAAACGGGGAUCAGACCCAUCAAUUGUCCUGAAUAAUCUUUAUCGUCUCACAUCACUUCAGUCUGGUUUCAGCUGCAACAUGGUUGGAAUUCUUGAUGGACAACCGAAACAGAUGGGUCUAAAGGAACUGCUACAGGCAUUCUUAGAUUUUAGAUGCUCUGUUGUUGAGAGACGUGCUAGGUUUAAGCUUUCACAAGCACAGGAAAGACGACAUAUUGUUGAGGGUAUUGUUGUGGGGCUUGAUAAUUUGGAUGGAGUGAUUCGUAUAAUAAGGGAAGCUUCAAGCAAUGCAAUUGCAUCGGUUGGUUUAAGGAAUGAGUUUAAUCUUUCGGAGAAACAAGCAGAGGCUAUUCUUGACAUUAGCCUAAGAAGACUCACACUACUUGAGGGGAAAAAGUUUGUUGAUGAAAGGAAAUCCUUGAUGGAACAAAUAUCCAAAUUAGAGGAGCUUUUAUCAAGCAAGAGGCACAUAUUACAGGUAAUUGAGCAAGAAGCAAUUGAGCUGAAAAACAAGUUUUCCAGUCCAAGGCGUUCAAUGUUGGAGGACACUGAUAGUGGCCAACUUGAAGACAUAGAUGUUAUUCCAAAUGAAGAAAUGCUAUUGGUGCUUAGUGAAAAGGGUUAUGUUAAGCGGAUGAAGCCUAAUACCUUUAAUCUUCAAAAUCGUGGAACAAUUGGUAAAUCCAUUGGAAAGCUGAGAGUAAAUGAUGCAACAUCAGAGUUUAUUGUUUGUCAUGCACAUGACCAUAUCCUGUAUUUCAGUGAUAAGGGAAUAGUGUACUCAGCUCGUGCAUAUAAAAUUCCAGAAUGCACCCGAACUGCUGCUGGCACCCCACUUGUUCAGAUCUUAUCAAUAUCUGAUGGUGAACGAAUAACAUCCGUUAUUCCUGUGAGUGAAUUUUCUGGAGAUCAAUUCUUACUGAUGCUUACAAUGAAUGGCUAUGUCAAGAAAGUAUCUUUGAAUUCAUUCUCAUCCAUCAGGUCAACAGGAAUCAUUGCAAUUCAAUUGGUUCCUGGUGAUGAGCUAAAGUGGGUCCGUUGUUGUACAAAUGAUAACCUUGUGGCCAUGGCUUCACAGAAUGGAUUGGUCAAUCUAUGUUCCUGUGAAAAUAUUCGAACACAAGGCAGAAAUACUAGAGGCGCAGUGGCUAUGAGACUAAAACAAGGGGAUAUGAUGGCAAGCAUGGACAUUAUACCUGCAGCUAAGCUAAAUGACUUGAAAAAGGUGCCAGAAGCUAACACAAGCAGUGCUAAAAGCCUCAAUGGCCCGUGGCUGUUGUUUGUGUCUGAAAGCGGUUUUGGAAAGCGUGUGCCCUUGAGCUCCUUUCGUGCAUCACCUUUAAAUAGAGUUGGUUUGAUAGGAUACAAGUUUUCGGCGGAGGACCGUUUGGCAGCAGUCUUUGUGGUUGGAUUUUCAUUGUCAGAUGAUGGUGAAAGUGAUGAACAAGUGGUUCUCGUUAGCCAAAGUGGUACAGUCAACAGAAUUAAGGUUCGGGAUGUUUCUAUACAGUCUCGCUAUGCAAGGGGAGUAAUUUUAAUGCGGCUGGAUCAUGCGGGAAAGAUUCAGUCUGCAUCACUAAUCUCUGCAACAGAGGCUGAGCCUGAGGAAGAAGCUCAAACUGCUGCAGUUCAUGGCUGAGUUUAAUUGGGAGCAUCUGCUUUGUUCUAAUGCCUGCUAAGCUCUCAACAUGAUAUACAUAUGUUUUUUGUAUCUAUUUAUGGCCAUAGCGAGCAUGUGUAGGGAAAGGGGGGUGGUUUAAUCUUAUGACAUCUUCACAUAGAUGGCCCGUGGAAGUGAAAAUUUCUUUUUGUAGCAAUACCAUUACUGGUAGUAGAACUACUCUGUAGAGGUUGUAAUGAUAUUCCAUUCAUAGUUAAUAACAAAUAUUUUUCUCAAUUCCUCAUGUUGGAAAAGAU